AUGCGCGUCGAGUGCGAGGAAUUAACGAACAAGCUCCAUGACGCUCCUCUACCGCAGCAGUCCGGUACAAGAUUACUGAGCGAGCCACUCAUUGACUCUAAAGCAGUCGAAGUCUGCUUCAAGGAUGUCCUGACGGUAUUGGGCAAGGGCCCUCAGAAUACCCUAGGUCCAGAAUGUGCUGGAACGAUGAUUGAGGCCAGCGAACACUCGGUGGAUUCGUGA